AUGACUAAAUUCUACCAGCACAUUCUUGUCUUGGCAUUUGCUGAGAAAGAAAUCAAUGAGAACCCAAACAUCUUGCCCAAUGUCACACUUGGCUUCCACAUCUAUGAUAGCUAUUAUGAUGCAAGGAUGACCUAUCGGACCAUGCUGGACCUGCUCUUCAAAUCAAACAGCUUUUUCCCCAACUACAAAUGUGACACCCAGAAAAACCUCCUAGCUAGUAUUGGGGGACUUGGCUCUGACACCUCCUUCCACAUGGCAGAUGCGUUAAGAAUCUACAAGAUCCCACAGCUCACAUAUGGUUCGUUUCCCCCGGAGGAGAGGGAUUCAAGUCAGGUUCCUUCUUUUUACCGCAUGGUGCCUAAUGAAGCCCACCAGUACAUGGGUAUUAUCAGUUUGCUUAAGCAUUUUGGAUGGACGUGGGUUGGGCUAUUUGCUGUGAAUGAUAACAGUGGGGAAUAUUUCCUCAAGACCCUGGAGCCCCUGCUUUCUCAAAAUGGAAUUUGUUCAGCCUUCACACAAAGAAUCCCAAAACUACUCCAUUUUGAUAACUUGGAUGAAAUGUAUGAUAUGUAUGCACUAUUUAUGGAUGCUAAAGCCACAACAUUUAUUGUUUAUGGAGAAUCUCAGACAAUUACAGGACUGAGAGCUAUUAUAUUUUUGCGAGAUCCUACAAAUAAGGAAAAGGCAUCACUUAAGAAGCUCCACCAUUUUAUCCAUGACAUUUCAUUUAACAACUCAGCUGGAGAAACAGUGUCCUUUAGUGAAAACAGAGAAAUGCAAGGUGGAUUUGACAUUAUGAACAUGAUCACAUUCCCAAAUAAGUCUUUCAUCCGUUUGAAAAUAGGAUGGGUGAAUCCUAAUGCUUUUGAUGGAAAAGAAUUCAACAUUCACGAGGACAUAAUUAUGUGGCACAAUGGUUUCAACCAGAUGAUGCCUGUCUCUAUAUGCAGUGAAUCCUGCCACCCUGGUAAUCAGAAGAAAAUGAUGGAAGGACAGAAAUUUUGCUGCUAUGAUUGUACUCCAUGUCCAGAGGGGAAGAUUUCAAACCAGAAUGACAUGGAUGACUGCUUCGGAUGCCCUGAAGAUCAGUAUGCAAACAAGAAGAAAAAUGGAUGCAUCCCUAAAACUAUCAAAUUUCUUUCUUACGAGGAACCUUUAGGGUUUAGUUUGGCCGCACUUGCUCUUUGUUUUUCCCUGAUCACAACUUUGGUGCUAGGAACAUUUGUUCAGCACAAAGACACUCCUAUUGUCAAAGCCAACAACAGGGAUCUCACCUACGCUCUCCUCAUUGCCCUUCUACUAUGUUUCCUCUCAUCUCUUCUAUUCAUUGGACACCCUGGGAAAGUGACCUGCCUUCUUCGACAACCAACUUUCGGCAUUGUCUUCUCUGUGGCUGUUUCCUGUGUGUUGGCCAAAACCAUCACCGUAGUUGUAGCUUUCAUGGCCACCAAGCCAGGCUCCAGUAUGAGGAAGUGGGUGGGGAAAAGACUGGCCAACACCAUUGUCCUUUCUGGGUCACUCAUUCAAGCAAUUAUUUGUACUGUGUGGUUGAAGAUGUCUCCCCCAUUCCCUGCUCUAGACUCAGUAGCAGAAGAAACCAUUGUGCAAUGUAGUAAAGGGUCUGUGACCAUGUUUUACUGUGUCCUUGGCUACAUGGGCCUCCUGGCCCUUGCCAGCUUCAUUGUGGCAUUUGCAGCUCGCAAAUUACCAGACAGUUUCAAUGAAGCCAAAUUCAUUACUUUCAGCAUGUUGCUGUUCUGCAGUGUUUGGCUGUCUUUUUUCCCAACCUAUCUGAGCACCAAAGGGAAAUCCUUGGUGGUGGUGGAGAUCUUCUCCAUCUUGUCCUCCAGUGAUGGGUUACUGGGCUGCAUCUUUGCCCCGAAAUGCUACGUCAUUGUGCUGAAACCUGAGCUUAACAAAAAGGAGCAACUAAUAAGGAGAAUGAAGUGCAGGUAUUGA